AGCAUCAUAUUAGCAAUAUCUCCAGCCAACCAAGAUAUCGCUACAUCUGAUGCUAUCAAACUUGCACGGGAAGUGGAUCCAGCAGGUGAACGAACGUUUGGGGUGAUGACAAAGCUUGAUUUGAUGGACAAAGGAACUAACGCUUUGGAUGUUAUUGAAGGAAGAUCUUAUCGCCUGCAACAUCCUUGGGUUGGAGUUGUGAACCGUUCCCAAGCAGAUAUUAAUAAAAAUACGGACAUGAUUGUCGCAAGGCGCAAGGAACGUGAGUACUUUGCAACCAGUCCUGACUAUGGGCACUUGGCUAAUAGAAUGGGUUCAGAGUACCUUGCUAAACUUUUGUCACAGCACUUGGAGAAUGUAAUUAGGGCUCGUAUCCCAAGUAUCACAUCCUUGAUUAACAAAAGCAUUGAUGAACUUGAAUCCGAGAUGGACCAUCUUGGUAGGCCUAUAGCCAUUGAUGCUGGGGCUCAGUUAUACACUAUACUGGAACUUUGUGGUGCAUUUGACCGAAUAUUUGAAGAGCACUUAGAUGGAGGGUAA